AUGUCAUUCAGUGGUAACCGUGUAUUUCGUGGAAAAAAAGAGCAGGAAGCUUAUGAUAAAACAUUGGCUGGUAAAUAUGUAAAACUAGUAAAGAAAAACCACUUUUUGUUUUUUGGUCUUCCCUUUCUUGUGUCAAUAGUUGCUGGCUCUAUCUAUUUACAAAAGUUCACCUCAGUUAAAUGGGAAAAAUACGACGAAAAGUAUCAACAGCUAGGCGAAGAAGAAAUGCUUAAUUUGAUAGAAAACAAGCGUCCCGUUGACAAAAGAAACGACUACUACCGUUUACAAGGGCUUCUCAAUGAUCACACGAAUCAAGUAUCUGACGAUUACGAAAUCGUACGUGUUCAACGAAGAAAAGAGGACGAGCCUGUCUGGGAUAGGCAAUAA